AUGACUCGGUCAAAAGACACUUGGGUAAAUACGACUUGGUCAAAUAGGACUUGGUCAAAAGACACUUGGUCAAAAGACACUUGGUCAAGAGACACUCGGGUAAAUAUGACUCGGUCAAAUAUGACUCGGUCAAAAGACACUCGGGUAAAUACGACUCGGUCAAAUAUGACUCGGUCAAAAGACACUUGGGUAAAUAUGACUCGGUCAAAUAUGACUGGGUCAAAAGACACGGGUAAAUACGCUAAGAGCACCUCGGUUAAAUAUGACAUGGUCAAAAGACACUCAGGUAAAUACGACUCGGUCAAAUAUGACUCAGUCAAAAGACACUCGGUCAAGAGACAUUUGGGUAAAUACGACUCAGUCAAAUAUGACUUGGUCAAAAGACACUUGGUCAAGAGACACUCGGGUAAAUACAACUCGGUCAAAAGACACUCGGGUAAAUACAACUCGGUCAAAUAUGACUUGGGUGGCAUAGCCGUUCAUAGGGAUGUGGUAACUACUGAGUGGGACAGAUACCGGAAUGUGCUGAGACUCAGCCUUGAGACACUGUUGAUGUGCUGUGCCAUUGAGAGUCGUGGCAGCGAUGCCAUUGGGUGGGGCGAUCAGCCUGACCAAGUUGCCAUCUGGCGUAGGAGUGCCAGAAUGGUUGCUGUUGGCUCCGUUCGUGGAAGCGGCGGUGCGAUGAGGGGAGGACUGCUGAGCUGA